CGGAAGACCAUUGAAUAGCCGCUUCCAAAUCUGCCUCUUGGGGUAUGAAAAUGAGCAGUUUCUGAGCCAGCAAACGGCCACAAAUAAUCGUGACACUUAGCCGACGCAAUAGAGCAGCUGAGAAUUCGUGCAAUUCCUCAAGCUGCUUCCUGAACCCAUGACAUACUUCAGAAAAAUAACAUGGAUCACAAGUCGUCUGGCAGUGAGCUUUGCAAAGAUGUUUCAGAUUCAGGCCCAUUGUGUUUAGGUGUGGGCUUUCGGAAGACCAUUGAAUAGCCGCUUCCAAAUCUGCCUCUUGGGGUAUGAAAAUGAGCAGUUUCUGAGCCAGCAAACGGCCACAAAUAAUCGUGACACUUAGCCGACGCAAUAGAGCAGCUGAGAAUUCGUGCAAUUCCUCAAGCUGCUUCCUGAACCCAUGACAUACUUCAGAAAAAUAACAUGGAUCACAAGUCGUCUGGCAGUGAGCUUUGCAAAGAUGUUUCAGAUUCAGGCCCAUUGAUGGGGAAUACGACCAAUACUCUCGAAAGGAGAAGAGCGAAGAAUGGUAAAACCGUCGGACAAAGCCGUUUCUCCGCAUUGGAACCAUUGGGAGGGGGGUUGUAUGACACAGGGCCGCCAAUCGCUGCCACACACGCUACGAACAACAAUGGCCUCAGUGGAUGGCAUUGCGUUAAUCUCUUCCGCCAGGUCACGGUUUCGGCGUUCAUCUACUACCUACUUUAUUGGUUAGGCAUAAUAUAUCUACUGAAAAUAAUUUUCCGGAAUUUACCACUGAGAACAACUUCAAGGUUGGUGGGGAGGAUAGCGAGAAUCCGACUUCCUUACUGGAUGCGUGAACCGGUCUUCCGAGCAUACGGGUGGCUGUUCAAAGUGCAACUAAGCGAAUCGGAAUAUCGCGAUGAUCUCACAAAAUACGACACAAUUUCAGCUUUUUUUCUGAGACGGCUUGCGUCAUCUGCUCGUGUCGUGGAUUCCAGUGCUUGUUUGGUGAGUCCCGCGGAUGGUACUGUCUUAAGCUGUGGUGUCGUUAAAGCUGGUCAUCUUGAGCAAGUCAAAGGAAUAUUUUACUCUUUGAGUGGCUUACUUGGACCAAAUACUUGGGGGAGAAUGACACCAGAGUCGAGGCCUCAACACAACCCUGUCGGUAUCGAGCUUAGCAAAACGUAUGUGCCAUGCAUAACAAGUCAAGGACCAGGUAACUUACCGGUUGUUUUCGUAAAAUCUGAGGACCAAACUCAAACCCCGCCAAAACGAAAGCAAAGAAGGGGAAAAUCAUCCUACGCGUCUUCCUGCAAUCUUCGUCUGGAAGAUAUGAUGUAUGCCGAAGGCCUUCUACUGCAUCAGAAUCAACAUGGAAUGGAAAGUCAAAACAAGAACGAAGCAUCUCGACGUGCAAGAACUAAGUCCGCGGACUUGGGAGUAGGAGCGAAAAUUUUGCCUGUUUCAAGAGACGUCGUUGCGGUACACGAGCAAAAGACAGGACUUUAUCAUCUUUUGAUCUACUUGGCUCCUGGUGACUACCACCGAUUUCACUCUCCGACAAACUGGUCAAUUUUCAUGAGAAGACACUUCCCAGGAAAACUCUAUCCAGUUUCACCGAACUUCCUGUCACAUCACAACGGCCUCUACUGUUUAAAUGAAAGGGUAGUAUAUGUGGGUCGAUGGGAGCAUGGAUUUUUCGCGUACAUUGCGGUGGGCGCAACUAAUGUUGGGAGCAUAGAGGUGAACAUCGACCCCCACUUAGUUACCAAUGUACCGUCAACAACCGGCACAAAACGGAAAUUUUACAGCCAAGUUCCAGACUUGCAAAAACAAUCAAAGAGGUCAGAAUCCACUUCAUACAUCGAUUUGUACUUUGAUGGGCUUCUCCCUCAAUCUACAGGAGAACACUUUGGACAGUUCAAUUUCGGCUCGACGGUGAUACUCAUUUUUGAAGCUCCAUUUGAUUCGUUCCGUUUUACUGUAAAGUCGGACUGUCGAAUCAAGGUGGGACAAUCCGUGGGAGAGAUCCGCAAAGAAACUGAUUAGAAAAUGGUCAGGCGAAUGUAGUGCUUGGUUUCAUGGCAGUGGAUUUUAUCAGUGGCUUAUCAUUCCCUUCGCGAUUCCAGCGCACCAAUCAAGUAGUGCUGAUUGAGAUAUUCAAUAUUUAUAACCGACGCUAUGGCCUUUACUUGACUUUAUUUCAGAU